AAUGAAAGCCAUUUAUAAAAAGAUAUUACAAAAGCUUCGUUGUUAUCGACACUUUUCUGAAGUUGCCAAGUUUAAUCAACACGCAAAGGAAUGGUGGAGUCUAACGGGACCUGUUGCUCCCCUUUUGCGGUUCAAUCCAGCAAGAGUAGCGGUUAUACGAGCAGCCAUAGAAAAGUACUCGAUCGAAUCCAAGGAACGAAGACGACUACCUCUUCAAGGAAUCUCUAUUUUAGACGUUGGCUGUGGAGGUGGUAUACUUUGUGAGCCACUAGGGCGACUAGGAGCAAGUGUUUUAGGAAUUGAUGAAGCAGAAGACUCCAUCAAAGUGGCUAGAAAACACGCCAGCCUUGAUCCAUUUUUAGAAAUGUUCGUGAAAUACAGACUUUGCUCUCUUUCUGACCUGGUCUCAGAAAAAGUACAGUUUGACUGUGUGACUUGUCUUGAAGUAAUUGAACAUGUGGAUGAACCUCAACUGUUUCUUCAUACUUUGGCUCAAACAGUCCGACCACAAGGUCUUUUGAUUAUAUCUACCAUUAACCGUACCAUUACUUCUUGGCUAACUGCUAUAUUCAUGGCAGAAAAUAUACUUGGCUGGAUACCUAAAGGUACUCAUCAAUGGCAAAAGUUGGUUCGACCCGAGGAAAUCACUUCAUGUUUAUCCAAAGAUAUGAAGUUGCUGAGUUCAGUGGGUUUUUCUGUCGAUCCCUUUGAUAGAAAUAUAAGUUUGACUAGAAACCUGGGAACCAAUUAUAUGAUGGUAUGGAAGAAAUGUUCUUCCAAUGAAAAUGCAAGAAAACCAGAUAAAGUCCGUUCAGUUCAUGACAAGAGUGAAGGAUAGUCCAAAAGAGAAAGUUGUUGUGAAUAGAAAGGAUUAUCCAAGAGGCUUGAUAGAAACUAUCUUCAAUACUCUCCAACAGAUUGUGUCAACAGAAUAAACGAUUCUCUCGAGCCAUUUCUUUCAUAAAAGAGUCCUACUCGAG